CUUGUGAUUAGAUUGCUGCUAAACACAAACCAACCAACCUCUUAAGUCGUCCUAACUCCUUGUCUGGACUCUGGAUGAUUUGCUUCCCUCAGAAUUUAAUUUACCAAAACACCCUUCACCCUUGUGUGUGGUCACUACUCACUAGUCGGUCUAUGGAAUGACACGAACAACCCUUGUUUCUCUUUUUGGCUUCCCCCUUCUGUUCCCUUUCCCUUUCGAAGCUACUACCAAAGUCUAUACCAGACUUCAACCAACCUACCUUUCCAUUCCAGUUUUAUAAAAACCCUUCCAGAAGCAACCCGUCUGCUUAGGGUUUCUGCUGCUGUAACGCUAGGACAAGAGCAUCCAAACAAAUGAAAUGGGUUCCAUUAAAGGCGGGCUCUCUCCAAAUCUGAGGUAGGUAAGCUGCAACCUUAACUCUCCUAAGUACACUCUUCCCUUCUCUUUCACAAUAAAUAACUUGGGUUUAGCCGAAGCAACUGCAACUCUGCAACCAAGCAAAGGGAAAAGCUAUUUUUCUACAUUCCAAGCAAUUGGCUUUUUAUCUCAAAUCUAAGAAAAAGUUGGUAUUUUGGCCAAGACAUCUUAUAAAACGAAUUGGGUUUUGUCUGAAAAAAGAAACGGUGCUUCGGCUUGUUCACAUCGGAAAGAUACGACUCUUUUUUAUUACAAGGCAAGGAAUAAGAUGAAUUUUUGGGGUCUAGCUACCAGCACUUUUGUAUUUGAUCUCGGGAAGCUGAGAAUAAAGAUGGUUUUUUGAAGCUAACCAUCUACCAAAAUGUCUUGGAUUCGGCUUCAAGUGCAGGAAAAAGAGGGUCUAUUGGCCCACCCACCUCCCGUCUCUCCACUGCUUUCUCCUGCUCUUUCUUCCUCUUCUUCCUUCUCGUCUCCUUACAGUAAUAAUUAUCAGAAAGAGUCGACCCCAUCAUCAUCUGGCAGCAGAAUCAGCCCUGCUAUUCUUUUCAUUAUAGUCAUUCUAGCUGUUAUUUUUUUCAUCUCUGGUCUACUCCACCUGCUUGUCAGAUUCCUCAUAAAGCAACCGUCUUCCUCGUCCACAUCACAGUCAAACCAAUACCCAGAAAUGUCUGGAUCCGAUGCUCUCCAAAGACAGUUGCAACAGCUGUUCCAUCUACAUGACUCUGGUCUAGAUCAAGCUUUCAUAGAUGCUCUCCCCGUCUUCCUCUACAAAGAAAUAAUGGGUCUCAAAGAGCCGUUCGAUUGUGCAGUUUGUCUCUGUGAAUUUUCAGAACAAGACAAGCUCAGAUUACUUCCGAUGUGUAGCCAUGCUUUUCAUAUUAACUGUAUAGACACAUGGCUCCUCUCAAAUUCAACAUGCCCUCUCUGUAGAGGAACCAUUUUCAGCCCUAGCCUUUCCAUUGAAAACCCAGUUUUUGAUUUUGACGAAUCAAGGGAGGAGGGUGGGCAUCCGGGCGAUGGAGAGUGUGGGGUUGCUUCUAGUCAGAAAACAGUAGUAGAAACGGAGGAGAUUGCUACUGAAAAGAGGGUUUUCCCUGUGACACUUGGGAAGUUUAGAAACAUGAACGGAGGAGAAAGGGGAGAAGGAGAGACCAGUAGUAGUAAUUUGGAUGCGAGGAGAUGCUACUCCAUGGGUUCAUUUCAGUAUGUUGUUGGCGAUUCCAACCUGCAAGUGACCUUGUUUCCCGAAAGAAAUGACGCCGGGCGUGUGAAGCCUGUGAAAGGGAGAGGAGGACAGAAUGGAAAUUCUUCGGUUGAUGGGGACGUUGAGGGAAAGAAGCUAAGCAGUUGGAGCAGAGGGGAGAGCUUCUCUGUUUCCAAGAUCUGGCUUUGGUCCAAGAAGGGUAAUAAAUCUCCAGAUUUUUCGUCAGAUGCCCAUACGGAUUUUCAGUUUCAUUCUUCAGUUAACGUCGGCUUGCCAUGGACGACGGGGAGAACUCAGGAGUCAGGGCCUGUGAAUUUACGUUCUUUAGUGUAACUCAGGAAUCGGGUCUCUAACUCUCAAGCUAGGUGAUGAUGAUUCAUGACUCAUGAAGUGAUCCGAGCCAGUCUAGUGAAACCAUAGUAGCAAUUUCCCGAGGCAUCUAAGCGAAAAGCUGCAAAUGUUUUUGUGUUUCAGAGUUUAUUUACUGUUUGUUGUUCCAAAAUUUCUCCUUAAUCGGCUAUUUCGUGGGAUUUUAUC